AUGUCGUCGUUGGAUCUGCCGGAUAUCCUGCCGCAGAAGGUGCUGCAUGUGGCGAGCCUCGUCCUCUUAGCUUGGGUCACUUGGUGUGUAUGGGCGUACACGACGUCGCCGCUAAGAAAAUACCCAGGGCCGUAUCUUGCAGACCGAGAAGACCACGCGCGUGUGAGAAAGCCAAUCGGGAGGCUUUACUCGCCGGCCGGUGCGCUGGCCAUUGAGAAGCAUGUCGACAAGGCCAUCUCCCAGUUUCUCGCCCAAUUGGACCAGCGCUUCGUCAAUGGGCCGAACGCAGGGGUAGUGUGCCAGCUCGAGCAAUGGUUUCUGUAUUAUGCGUGGGACGUCGUCGGCGACAUCACCUUCAGCCAGCCCUUUGGAUACAUGAAGCACGGCCGUGACUUUGACGGCACCCUCGCUGAUUCGGAAAUGGCGAUGAACUACUUCGCAGCCGUGGGCCAGAUUCCCCUAAUGGAUUUCGCCGGUGCCCAAAACCCGCUGCUAAAGCUCAUUUCGAAAGCGCCCUUCACCACAGCCAACGCUAUUGCGCGCGGCCAUCUGGUCAACCGACUUGCCGGAAACGACAAGGACAAACACGAUCCAAGCAUCCCCGAUUUUCUGGAUGGAUUUAUCGAGGCGCAAAAGUUAUACCCGGAAGUUGUCUGUGAUGGACAGAUCCAAUCAUAUCUCCUCAUCAACCUCAUCGCAGGCGCUGACACAACAGCCAUUUCGUUGUCUUCUGCGAUUUACUUCAGCCUCAAACAUCCCAGCGUGUGGGCUCGACUCGAGGAGGAAGUCCUAGCCGCGGACUUACCAGACGACGACCCCGCCUCUUACAAGCAGGCCCGUACCCUCCCGUAUUUGAACGCGGUCAUUCGUGAGUCCAUGAGACUUCAUCCCGGUGUGGGCAUGCACCUAGAGCGCUACGUACCCGCGGGCGGCCUGCGGUUGCCUGAUGGGAGUCUCGUACCGGCCGGCUCCAUGGUCGGGAUGAACCCGUACAUCGUCAACCGGACGGUGGUCUUUGGCAAUGACAGUGGCGAGUUCAGGCCUGAAAGAUGGCUACAGAGUCCGGGAGAGAGAACCGAAGAGUACGAGAAGCGGCUUGUCGAGAUGAACGAUGCCGAGCUCUCAUUCGGCGCUGGAAGCCGGAUCUGCGGUGGACGGCACAUUGCAAGUUUGGAAAUGUCCAAAUUGAUUCCUACGUUGAUCAGACGAUACCGUAUUGAAUUGGUUAAUCCUGACGAGGAAUGGGUUGUGAAGAAGGGAUGGUUCAUGAGACAAACUGGGGUCAAUGUCAGGCUACAGCGCCGAUAA